AUGCCGACGCCCGCCGAGGUGCGAGCGCUGCUGUCACCACGGCCAUCACUCUCGCGGGGGGUGGGCGCUUCCGCGGCAACAGGACCGGGUGGAGUGACGGCAUCCGGACAUGCCCAUAAACUUGUCGCUUGUCGGUUCGAUGGUAAUCUUGCCAAAGCGUAA